AUGCGUGUAUUUGGUGCUCAAGACGUUCUUGAUCUCGACACCGACGGUUACGUUCCGGUUGUAGCGGAUGCAACGGAAGCGCAAAGAAAAACACAAAGAGAACUGAUGAAGAAAGAUCAAAAGGCGUUGUUCUACAUCCAUCAGUGUGUGGAUGCGAGUGUGUUUGAGAAAAUUGUUGAUUCAACCACAGAGAAGGCUGCAUGGGACAUAUUGGCACGGUGUUAUGGCAGCGACACAUCGCUGAAGAAGGUGAAGUUUCAGUCUCUAUGUAAGCAGUAUGAGAAUCUCAACAUGAAGAAUAAUGAGAAGGUACCUGUUUACAUCUCUAGAGUGAUUUUGAUCACAAAUAAGAUGAAGGCUUGUAGAGAAAGGCUCUCUGAACACGUAAUCAUAGAAAAUAUAUUGAGAUCUCUUACUCCUCAAUUUGGUUUUAUUUUUGUAGAAAUUAAACAUUCUAAAAACCUCAAAACCAUGAGAAUUGAAGAGUUGCAGCGAAAAGCCAAGAAGAGACAUUGUGGUGGUUAUCAUAAGUUAAAAGCUUUCAACUCUGAUGAGAAGAAACAUCAUAAGGGAAAUGAUAAGCUUGAUAAGAGAAAGGUCAAGUGUUACAAUUGUAAUAGGUUUGGUCACUUUGCUAAGGACUAUUGGUCAAACAAGGAAAGGAAAUCAGAAGAAGCAAACAUAGUCAAGAGAAAUGCUGAUGAUGAACCUAUGCUAUUGAUGGAUUUUGAAUCUGAUGGUGGAUAUUGGGUAGGCUUGUGGUAUAUGGAUACUGGAUUCUUAAAUCCCUUAAGUGAAAAUAAGCAAUGGUUGAUUGAUUUUAACUCUAGAAAGAGGAAAAAGAUCAUAUGUCCUUAUGAUAAGUACCUUAACGUUGAAGGUAUGCGAAAUGUCAAAGUCAAGGUGAAGAAUGGUAAAAUUGUUAUAAUCAAGGAUGUUUAG